UUCUCAAAAUGGCGGACAGCGAGGAAUCGUGUGAUGGCUGCCAGCGCUCCGCGUGUGGGGAUACAAUCCGUUUGUUGUGUGGACAUCUCUUAUGUGCAGAAAGCUCCUAUGAACCAGAUUCCAUGAGUCUGUUGUGCCCUGUUUGUGUGGCGUAUACAUCCACAACCUACGAAAUACAAAGUGACUGUGAAGCCAACUUGAAUGACAGAGACCAGGCCAUGGAUGUUUCUGAUAAGGAAGAGAUGGACAUUACACAAGAAGAGUCUGUUCAAACAAACUUUUGCAAGACUGAUUGUGAAAAAGAGAAUUUACAGACGCCCAGAUCAAAUAACGUGGAUGUUAUCGAUCCCAAGAAUGUUUGCAAAAAAAUUGAAGAAGCUUUGAUCAUUUCAAAACGUGCUUUCCAGCAACUGGAUGAAGCCCUACAGACUGUAAAGAAUUUGGAAGAUAGAAGUAAGGAGGCAAAAGACAGAGCAAUUGAAAUGGUUAAGCAGGAGUUUAAGAAAAUAGCCCUUGAGCUUAGUGCCAGGAAAUGUAAAUUGAUUGCUGAGAUAAAAGCAAAUAGAGAAGUUUAUUCAGGUGAUUUAGCAAAGGCUGUGGAAAACAUCAUGGAGAAGAAAUCCUCUUUGGAAGCAAGAGUUACAAUUGCAAAGACUGUAUUAAAGUCGCCAUCGGAGAGCACAUAUUGCAAUCUGGAUCAGCUUGUUGCACUUUUGAAAGAAAACUUUGAAAAAGAGCGCUUGGUGUCUGAUUCUCUCAAGUCAUGUUGUAAUGUAAGAUUUUGCAUACUAAUCAAAAACAUAGCCAUGUUCCUCAAUGAACCCUGUCACAACCCACUGUGA